ACUUACGUGCAUCUAAACAUCACGUUCUCUCUAGCCCUGUGCGUUCAAGCUAUCACUUCUAAGGUUUGGCUAACGCUGACGGGAGCGUAUAUUCUACCAAGAGGUAAAGCGGGUUCAGUUAAACACUCGAGAGGCGUUGCUCUUUCAAACUACAAUACCGUCAGUCAACGACGUCUUCCAAAGAACUGAAACGUCUCCCAACAAAAUACAUCUACACAACUGGAAAGAUCUACUGCAAGACCGGAACUCAGUAAUUUGAGUAAAAUACCAAACGUACAGUAAAAACUCGGACAGGCAUUGCUAACUAUAGCUACGUACCGGAUGAUGUCGCAUGGAUUUUAUCUAACUCUUGUGGUGGGUUUAAUGGCUGUGCGGUCGGGCCUGUGCGUUUUUAGCGAGGAGCAUGUUCUGCGGAGGGUGGAGAGUGAAGUAAACAUCCCACCGGUGGGGAACACUCGUCUGGUGGUACAUAUCAUGGGUCGCUACAAUGCGAGUCACCGCGUGCAGUGCUCCCAGCUGUGCUUCCUCGCCGCGGGUUGUCAGUCCUACAACUACCAUGCCGGGGACGCCACGUGCGAGCUGAGCGAUCAGAGAAAGGACGACUUUCCGCUCGACGCUGUGGAGGGGGCCGGGUGGGAUUACUACGAUAGCUACUCGCUCUUCAUUCCAAGGGUCCUGUGGUACGAGUGCUCCCGCCUCAUCAACCCGUGCGAGAAUGGCGGGGUGUGCACCCGGAAGGUUCUGAUGGCUGAUGGGGAGGAGAGGCAGCCGUGCGACCCGCUGUGCGUCUGUCCUGUCGGCACUGCGGGCCCAAACUGUGGUACCUGUGAUUGGCAGCAGGUGUUCGCCACGGUCAGAGGAACCGGUCAGCAGGUAAUUGAUGCCUGGAACGCCGGACUGCAUGACGAGAUGCUCCACAACAAAAGUCUGCUGGUGCAUCAGUGGGAAACACUCGGGAUCAAGAAGGUAAAAGUUGUACUGGAAACCUCUGGCGAUGAGGAUGUGGAGAUGAUCUUCAACGGAGAGAACACGGACAAGUCCAGCUGGUUCUCCCAGUCCCGUCUGCUCUCCUCACCAUGGACGGACCUGCCUGGCGAGACGGCGAACUUCUUCUCUGUUGAGGGAGAGCUGAACCCUGUGACUCGCAGAGAACUGUAA